AGUACCGAGAGAGGACAGCCAAAAGCCGAAGGGAAACCGAAAACGAACGGGAACGCUCGAAGACAGCCGAAGGGCUGCGCGAUGUUACAGAACUCGCUGCACCCUCAGUCGUGACUCGAUCGUCGCGGUCGGUUGUGUUUUGUGGUGAGAAAUCAUGCGAUUCUUGGAGUUUGAUUUUUUUUACGUCUAGUGCAGCCGCGCAUAUAAUAAUCCUGUUUGUAUAGUCAAAGUGCGCUCACCGAUAAAAGAUGGCAAAUAGCACGAUAAAGGAAAAGAGUGAGCGUCGUUUAAGAAACAUAGAAACGGCGUACAGCUCAACGGUCGGUCACGCAGAGAUCGAUUUCGGAAGAAACGGCGACGUUCGAAGACACGGAACGAGUCGUCGGAACAGCGACUCCAGGCAAUAGAAGAAUCAAAUGGAAAGUUCGCGUUGAAAGUUGGUGUUGGCGUGUACGUUGGUCGGUAAUGAGGUAGCAAUGAGGACGCGCGGCUCGGAUCGAUGAAAAAAUUAGAGUAGCAGUACCCGUUCCCAAAGAGGAUGAAAGUGUACUAGAAGAACGAAGUGCAGUGCGCGCGGUUGGUGGUUCCGCCUUGUCGUUUGACGCGUGCAGUGCGUGCAUACGUGCCGUGAUCCGGUGUGCACGCCGUUGUGUACGCCGCUGUUACGCCGCUGUUACGCCGCUGUUACGCCGCUGUUACGCCGCUGUGUACGCCGUUGUGUAGGUUAACAGAAGAGCGCACGUAUAGUUUGGAAUACGUGUAGGUGGUUUUGCAUGCGCGAGCGUGCGUGCGAGCGCGCGCGCACUCGGCUCGUCGAUGUCAGAAGUUCGUCGUACGAAAGCGGUCGUUCGUUUUGUCCGAUAAGAAUGGGAUCGGUGGCGAUUGGUCGGUGGUCAGUGGCAUAACGUUGCGUUGCUCUGCACGCUAGAAUAUACUGAAAGUCGACACGUAUCGCGUAUACGUGCGUCGCGGAUACCGAGCUCACGAACACACGCGUGAUGGGGAAUACGUCGCACGUUCGCGUGGGUGGGUUUACGAUAUGAUGUGGACGUGGAUGUGGACGCGGGUGCGGGUGAGCGUCAGCAGCUUUCUUCGUACGUACACGCGCACACGUAUUUCAGUGGUAACGUGUUGUAAUGUCAUGGAAAUGAAGCGCGCGCGAGUGUCAUCCGAAAAGAUACGCCUCUUGCCCGGAAAGCUACUUUGUGCUCGAAACUCGAAAGUGGAAUCUUCUCGCGGGUGCUAUCUCUUACCGGUUUAACCUCGUCAACAUUGAGUGCGUCGGUUCGGCGCCUCUUUCCUUCUCUGUCCCUCUGUCUGUCACUCCCCCCCCAGUCACCAUCUUUGAUACGCACACGGUACUCAACGUACGUACCUACACGCACGAGCGCGCACACACGCCACACGCACACACACUACACCCCUCUCUCGUUCCGUUUGCCCGCGGAACUAUUUUCCGAAUUCGUUCGCAGCUUUCCAUCAACUACGAGGACAGCAUGCGAUAGCACUGAAUUUGCAAACAACUACAAAGGGCCUCGUUCGUGAUUCACGACAUCCCAACAUUUGUGGACACCGAGAGAAAAGAUGCGCAACGAGUGGCUAAGAAACUUGAUCGCGAUAGCAGUAUUCGCCCUUACGGUUCAUGGGCAAUUGAGAUCACCGCGCAUAACGGAACAUCCGUCGGACAUAACUGUGGCGAAAAACGAACCCGUAACGUUGAAUUGCAAGGCGGAAGGUAAACCUCAACCAGUGAUCGAGUGGUACAAAGACGGUGAAUUGGUUCAAACAUCGCCAGGAGAUGCAAAGUCUCAUCGUGUUCUACUUCCUACGGGAUCUUUAUUUUUCUUGAGGGUAAUGCAUGGAAAAAAGGAACAGGACGGUGGAGUUUAUUGGUGUGUCGCGAGAAAUCAAGCUGGUUCCGUUUCGAGUCAAAACGCCACUCUCACUGUCGCAGUGUUGAGGGAUGAAUUCCGCGCAGAACCGCAAAACACUAGAGUUGCGGCUGGAGAAACCGCUUUAUUGGAGUGCGGGCCACCUCGUGGACAUCCAGAACCAACAUUGCAUUGGAAAAGAAAUGGUCACAUGAUAGACUUGGAUGCUACUAAACGAAUCACUUUGGUCGAUGGCGGAAAUUUGAUGAUCUCCGAUGUCAGACAGACGGACCAAGGAAAGUAUCAGUGCGUUGCCGAAAAUAUGGUGGGCGUGAAGGAGUCUGCAGUGGCAACGUUAACAGUUCAUGUGAAGCCGUAUUUUCUGGCAACUCCCGCCAAUCAAACCAUCUUGACGGAUCAAACGGCCGAAUUCGCUUGCCGCGUUGGCGGCGAUCCUCCGCCCGAGAUACUUUGGAGGCGAAACGAUGGAAAAAUGCCGAUUGGUCGAGCACACAUUUCGGACGACAAGAGCUUGCGAAUCGAGAAAGUAACAUCGCUGGAUCAGGGCACGUAUAUUUGCGAUGCUGAGAACGGUGUCGGAGCGAUAUCGGCGAGUGCAUAUCUGACGGUACACUCGAGGCCGGUCUUUACUAAUUUUCCAAAGGACGAAGCGGUCAACAUCGGUUCGAACGUGUCGUUUUCUUGCGCGGCACGCGGCGCUCCGAAGCCCUCGAUAUUUUGGACUCGCGAGGGUUCCCAAGAGCUCAUGUUUCCGGGAAACGAAUAUCAAGGUCGUUAUAGAAUCACAGGCGACGGUAAUCUGUAUAUUAUGGGAGUCUCGGCGAAAGACGAAGGACAUUAUGUCUGCAGCGCAAUCAGUCAAGCUGGGGCGAGUACAGCGACAGUUUUCCUCCAGGUCACAUCGAUCGAAGAAACCCCGCCACCCAUCAUCGAGUUGGGAGCGCUGAAUCAAACGUUGCCCCCAAAGAGCGAUGCUGCGAUGGUGUGUCGCGCAGUCGGUAGACCGCCUCCAAAGAUACACUGGUUCAAGAACAAAGAACCUGUGCGACACGACGCCGGGGAAAGGUUUACGAUCGCGGGAAAUGGUACUCUCUUGAUAAAGAAUCUUCAGGCGAGCGACACCGGCGUAUACAGUUGCGUUGCCUCUUCCGAGUUUGGCAAUACGUCGUGGUCCGCAAGUUUGACGGUCAGUGCAGGGGCGAGUUACCGUGACGUCGGUGUUGGGUCGGACGCGUCGGCUUUGCCCGAAUCUCCGAGCAAACCGAGAAUAGUGAACACGACUAGCAACGCGGUUACGCUUACAUGGAGCCCGGGUCACGAGGGCGUCGGCAAGAUCAUCGAUUACACCGUCGAAUACUUUGCUACGAAUCCAAAGACCGGCUGGGUGGUUGCCGCCACGGAUGUGACCAACGAUAUCUAUACCGUAACGAACCUGAAGCCUGACACCAAUUACGUGUUCCUUGUCCGUGCUAGAAACGGUCAAGGUAUUUCACUUCCCGGACCUCUUUCGGACGUUGCACGGACCAGCAGUCACGAUCAACAACGGAUAAUUCCCCAAACUGAACUAAUACGCGCGAGAGAUCGUUUGAACAGUGAGAUUCUCUACUUGAAAGAAGUUCAGCCUCUGAACAGCACCAGCGUCAAGAUCAUAUGGGAUAUACUCGGCGCUGCAGACUUGGUCGAAGGUCUGUACAUACGAUACCGGGAGGUUUCCGAUAAACCAGAGUAUCAGAUGGUAACGGUACUGAACGCUGGAGCGACCAGCCACGUUUUAACAAACUUGAACAAGUACACGCGAUACGAGUUCUUUCUGGUUCCAUUCUUCAAAACUAUCGAAGGCAGACCCAGCAACGUGAAAUUGGCCACGACAUUGGAGGACAUGCCGUCCGGCGCGCCCGAAAACGUUCACGUUGGCAUGAUAAACGUGACAUCGGCUUUCGUUCGUUGGUCGCCACCGCCGAAGAACACGCAAAACGGGCAAUUAAUAGGGUACAAGAUUCAAAUCAAGAGCAACAACAGCAACAAGAUUUUGGGUCAGAUGUCUUUAAACGCAUCCACGACUUCGGUAAUUAUUAACAGUUUAACGACCGGAGGUCUUUACACCGCCCGCGUCGCGGGAUUAACUCGUGCGGGACUCGGCCCAUUUUCCAAUCCGACUGUUCUGAACAUGGAUCCAGGACAGUUGACACAGCUACCACCGCGAACGGAUCCGAGUCAGAGAAGUGCUUCCGUUAUUAGCGAAACUUGGUUUUUAGUUCUGAUGAUUACGGUGGUGCUGACCGUUAUCGCUGCUUUCCUCGGGAUCUUUUACAUUCGAAGGAGGCAGGCGAUGAGCAAACAGCUCGGCCAUUUGAACGUCCCCGUCGGCACAGCCAACGACAUUUGCCAGUUGAACAAGGACACUCUGUGGCUGGAACGCGGUUGGAGACCCAGCAAUACUCUGCAGGCUUCGGCCACCGAUAAAGACUGCGAAACGAAGCUUCUCAGCAACCAGAAUCAAAUCGGCCUACCACCGGGGAUCGUUGGAAUGACAGGCUCGGAAUACGCCGAAGUGAAUUUAACGACGUUUUACAACACGAGGAAACAGUUGCAAGCUCCGCCAGAACCGUACGCCACGACCACGCUUUGCAUGCCAACUCGUAGCCCGGAAUCGGUUGAAACCAGCGGUCGAAAGUCGAACUCGAGCGAUUCGUGUUUGAAGCCGGAUUACUCUAGCUUGGAUUCGAAUCUGGAUCGUAACAAAUCAACGGUUUCGCCGUGCAGCGACAACGCGAGCAGCAUUUACAACGGGGAGGACAACACGGAAUCGCACCGACGGACUCAUCAGUUCAGAAUGCCACUACCAAACGAGAAUCAGCCGACGAAUUGGUACGACAUGCUACCGCCUUCUCGAGAUCAUCCGCCCUCCUUCGAAGGAUCGCUCGGUUCCGCCAGAGCGCACUCGCAUCCUCAUCAACACCAGCACCAAUACCAGUAUCAUCAUCAUCAUCACCAUCACCAUCACCAUCAACAGCAACAGCAGCAGCAACAGCAACAACUUCCUCAUCAGUACCAACAUCACUAUCAGCAGCAGCAGCAGCAGCAGCAGCAACAGCAGCAGCAACAACAGCAACAACCGUAUCAAACGGCGUUCAGCCCUCACCUCGGGAAAAGGAGCAUCGACAGACAAAACGAUUUAGAAUCGAUGACAGGUUCCGGAUUAGCAUUAGGGCUGGGCUUGGGUCUGAACUCGAACUCGGGUUCCGGAUCCGCGUCCGGGUCGGGAUCCGGUUGCGGCUCUGGCCCCGGGUCAGGGAAUUCUCAAAGUCCGCCGAGUCCACCGAUCAGAACAGCAAACAACGCGAACGGCUCGGGAUUAGUAUGGAACAGUUCGAGUCACCAUCAGUCGCAGCAGCAGCAGCAGUUAUUGGACGGAUCCAUUCCAGAGACGAAUAAUGUUCAUCCGCAAAGCCGAUACACGAGUUUACCUCCUCAGACUAAUCCACCGGCAUUGCCUGCUCUUCCGCAGGGAUUCGAACGGUACGAGUACAAAAGUAAUAACCAAGAAAACGAAUACGAGAGUGGUUCGAUCGUGUACGGGCAACGAAACGAUUCACCGUUGGAAGAUUACGAUUCCAGCGCGUACUGUCGCGUGAAUCGUACCGAUUCUCGUUCCGAGCAGUCGAUUGUAAACGAAAACAUGUAUCGGCGACACGACGAAGAGUCCUAUCCGAACGAGAACCUCUAUCAAAAUUCACCCGAAACCGAGGAAUGGGACAGAAAGUCGUGCGAUUCGAACGCGCAUUCGGAUAUUUGUUGCUCCUGUUCCGAAUCGAGCUGCCUUUACGGCAACACGCUCGAGUACAACGACCAGUUCGCCGCGACGUCGGCAAACUGCCUUCACGGUAGAUCCGGAUCUCGAAGCAGAAGUGGCAGAAGUCCGCGCAGAAGAAAUACUAGAAAUUCUUCGCCAACGUACAGCAGCGGUGAGAGUAAUUACUCUUGUAUUCCUACGAGGCAACCCGGAAGUAUCGGCUCGCAAGAAAGGGGGAGGCAUAAUCGAGGGAAAGACAAAGUGCCUAGCUUCAACAGAAUCGGUGGUUACUCCCAACACAAUUCCACGGGUUCGAAUACGGUCAGCAGUUCCGGAAGUCAAAGGUACAAUAAGUUGAGCAACGUAUUUGUAGGAGGUAACAAUCCGAACGCUCCUCCUGCGGAAUGUAGUCGAUCGACGGAUCUCCACGACGAUUAACGGAACAACCAUAUCGUUGACUCUCGACUAUCGUUGCGAACGUACGAACCAAUUGCUUAACGAACCGGUCAUGUGUCCGCGACGUAGGUCGCUCGAUUCUCUUGCCCUGUCGUUUGCUUCUCCGCGUCUCGAGUCGUGUCCUUCAAUGGCAUUUCGGAGACUGCGUUUCCUUGUUUUCAAAGUAGCGUAUGCAAUUACCAGCGUGCGCGAAGGUGACAUCGCCCGCUCCAGAAAUAUCAACGUUUCACUGGUCGUUUCGUCGACACUUUUUAUACUACAUUUUUGUCUUUACCUUACCCUCGAUACGAUCUCACCGUUGUUUUCGUUGAAUACGAAACGAGAAAAUACAUACAUAGAUGAGCGAGCGAAAACGAACGUUGUCUAAAUGAUUAAAUAAGUAAAUAAGUGAAUAAAUAAGUGAAUAAAUAAAUGAAUAAAUAAAUGAAUAAAUAAAUAAAUAAAUAAAUACGAAUUAUAGCGUGAGAAGCGUAAAUGCGCACAUAUGAAAACGGUAUAUCUGUAUAGAUUGUUCUUCGUGGAGCGAGUAGAUGAUAAUUUCUAAUUUGAGCUGUAAACUUUCCAAUUACUAUACACUCGUGAACAGUUGGAUCCGGCGCGGCAUUUAUUUUAGAAAGAUUCGAAAUUCUCGCCGCGAUGUUCCGUACAAGUGUUUUACUUUUAACGACACAAACGUUCCUGAACUGAAAGAAACUGAAAGAAAGUUGACGUCGAUAACAGAAUUUUCUUGUUCAGCCAGACGAGACCGUAAUAAUAUUGAUCCGCGUUUUCCGAUUGCCCCCGUCGCGUCGCAUGUUACAACGCUUCUGGUCUGUGAUUUGUUGAUUCUGCCGAAAAGGGCAUCGUGCGUCGCGCGUAACGUCGACGACGAUCGCCAACCAAAUCUCCAACUGCUCAAUGGCGAGACUCUCCCUUCGUUCGGCUCCGAUUGAAAGUUGAUCGUCGUCGUCGAGAAUACGGCCGCGUAGGCACUCGAGACAAGCCUUUCCACUGGGAGGAAGGAAACUCGCACUGAUGAUCGCUCAAGUCCCUUGUAAUUAGUUGAACAUUUGAACGUUUCGAUGAAUGGAAAAAGAAGAGUAAGCAAAACUGCCCUAGUACAUAGAGGUAACGGUGAAAGGUCUAUUAUCAAUUGAAAAGACCGCCGGAGAUCACCGAGAAUACUGCCGAAUAUUAUGAUAAAUUUCGUCGGACUUUAAACGUAGAGGAAUGUAAAAGGUAAAGAUAAACCUUGCUGUAAAUCAGCUGCUCGAGACAGAGUUCGUAAGUGAAAUUGAUCGACUCGUAGCGUGUGUAAGUAGCUGCACGAAUGUAAUCCAUCCAGACAGGCGAGAGGCGAGAAGCGAGAAGCGAGAAGCGAAAAACUCGACUAACCGAUAAAAAGGUUCUCGUUUUUUGUAGCGUGUUUAGAUUAGAACUCGAGUCAAAAGAUCAUAGGCACGUAGAACCCGUAUUUUAAGUAACGUUUAUGGUUACGGUAUCCAGAACUGUCUCCGCAUAGGAAAGGCUGAGGGAGACGAAGCUGUCUAUAUCUCGACUGUGUAUAGGUACGCCGAGUUUGCCAAAUUUCACUCGACAAGUUUGCUAAGAGAAACGACCGCCGUUCUAGACACGUAGGCUCGCGUCUCUGGAAGAGAGAACACAUCCUCGGCUCUGUAAAUAGAAUCAGAAUUGAAAUUUCCCGUGGUAUGAGAGAACACGAUCGAUACAGUAAGAACCAAGUUACUUGGGGGUACCGGAGAGAAUUCGUUCGAGAACGAGAGUCGACGGUAUCUUCGUUAUGCGAGAAAACGGACAUUCACUUCACGUCGAACCAUCCUAACAAUUUGCGAGAGAAACAAAGUAAUACGUUAUUUUUAUAGUUUUCCAAUCUCGCGCGAUUGUUGCGAUGGCUCGCAGUUUGUUGUAUCAUAUAUAUAUGUAUAACGCGUCGUGCCCGCAAGUCGAACGAAAAUUUACCGGGAAACUUUCCCGUAGCUUCAUUCUUGGUUUCUGUCGGCUAGCAUCAACCGUAACGCAACAAUCUCGUACCGAACCCGUGUUCCAUCGUUCCAUCUGAACCCAUUUCCUACCUCUCGCCGGCAUAGCUCUAAUCGGUAAUCUCGAUUACCAUCGGGCUGAAUCGUUCCUACGUUUGUCCGUUUCUUCUUGUACUCGCUCUCAUUCGUUGACUACCGUGCGUCUGUCGCUGAACCACCCAACGAGAAUCGAAACACCAUGUACACGGUGCGUUUAUCACGAGAAGC